GUUUUGACACCACAGCGAAGACCCUAAGCGGAAGAAUUCCCGUAAGGUCAAAAGGUAUAAAAGGUACUAUUGCACCCAAUGUACUUGUAAGAUUACCCACAUACAUCACCACUCUAAGAUACAAUGACCAAAGAAGUUAUUAUUGUUGGGGGAUCAUACUCUGCUAUGUACGCUGCCAAAAGCAUCCUUCUGAAGAAGCAUGGGGCGAAAGUGAAUUUGAAGAUCAUUUCCCCAUCACAAUUCGGCUAUUUCAAUAUUGCUGCACCAAGGUUACUAAUUGAACCCGAACUAAUUGAUAAAACUCUAACUGAUAUUGAAGCAACUAUACGUAAUCUCUCCUCUGCUUCAAAGUCAGAUGCGGUUUUUAUCAAGGGUUCAGUGGAUACUGUUGAUCUCGAGAAAAAAAUCGUUUCUUUGGCAGAUGGUCAGAAAUUCCAGUACGAUAAUCUAAUCAUUGCCACCGGAACAAAAUAUCAUCAACCUGGGCUCAAGCUUGAUGACAUCAACGAUGAGAAAUAUACAGUACAGGGUGUCAGAGAGUUGAUCGCCUCAAUCAAGAAGGCGGACAGUAUUGCAGUUAUUGGUGGAGGUGCAACUGGUGUGGAGAUUGCUGGUGAACUAGGAUCUGAAUACGAUGACAAGAGAAUCACUCUUUAUACAGGUUCGAGCAAUCCAUUAUCAGCAGUAAAGCAGUCGAUUAGAGUUGAUGCCACUAACAAGCUUAAGAGUUAUGGAGUGGAGGUCAUUAAUAACGCAAAAGUGGCUAAAAUUGACUCAAGUGCUAAUAAAACUGUAAUUACACUUGAUGACAAGGAAACGAGGGAAUUCGACCUAGUGAUUCCUGUUCAUAGUACCACUCCAAACUCACUGUUCUUGAAGAAUUACAAACAGGUCCUUGAUGCGAAUGGGUAUCUCAUUGCUGACGAGUACUUGAGACUAAAAGGAUAUAAUGAAGUUUUGGUCAUUGGUGAUGUUUUGUCUGGAAGUCUUAGGUCUCUUGUGGAUAUCGUGUACUAUCAGAAGAGCGUGUUUGAUAAAACCAUCGAUCAAGAGAUAUUUGGCGUGCAAGUUAAGCUUAAGUCCUAUGACAACACGUCUGCACCAAUGCUUUUGGUUCCCAUUUCGAGAAACGGGGGUGUUGGAACAGCCUUUGGUUUUGCGUUACCUAACCUUGUAGUUAAAUACAAAUCAAGAGAUUUCUUCAUUUCCAAGGCAAGACAACACUUUACAUAAACACCUAUUUAAUUGUUUAGUUAGAUAAUUCAACUUUGUA